GGAAGCUGGGUUGACUGGCUUAUCAUUCAGUGUAAAAUUCAUUUCCGCAAGAGAAAUUUCGAUAGUCCCCGGCUAUAAGGGUACAAGUGAGACCCGAUGUGGCCGUGAAGCAUUCGUACAGUGGUGCCACGUUGCAGCCGCAGACAGUGUAGUGUGCGAUUCCUCCAAGUCAGCUGUGCCCCAUCGUGCUUUGCUGGUGGAAAUUCCCGGACUGCACGCGUUAAUGCAGGAUACCUUGCAAUGACCUCCUCUCGAAGCUUCACAUCGACGUUGCAUUACCCGGGUUCAACACUUUAUUUUCUUUGGGUGACCUAAGUGCCUUCGCCGUACAGUGCAUUUAUCGUGGUCCAGUUGCUGUCAACGUGUUUUAAUCUUGGUCGCCGCCACAUUACCAAAGCGGUUGCUGCGAAGGCCACGGCAUUUGUCUCUGCAGAGCCUGUCUUUGAGUGUGAAGCGCCCAUUGGACUGCAUGUUUCAUUUUAGAAGUGACUGAGAUUAUAGUUCAUAUGCAACACCUUCGGAGAUGUGAAAUCAAAGUAUUCGUAAAUCAGUCCCCAAGAAACUGGAAAUGUCCACUGGAGUUGUGCAAAGGAGGAUGUCAUAACGCAGCGAAGGCGUCCGACGAGUAAAAGUGUAAAUUAUUUAUAAGCUCUCCGGAAAGCAACAUUGUGCACCCUUCAGUUGCGGCAAGUUUUGAUGAGAAAGCCGACGAUGGCCUGUGGUGCGCAGAGCAGGCACGCCAACGUUGACGUCACUUGGUAAAGAUGGCCACUAUGGUGGAACGCCUGAAGUGUGCUGCAUUCAAAAAAGCCCACGAAUGUUCAGGCCUGCGCCGAAGAACAUGGCUGAAGUUUGGCGCCUGCACAGCCGCUGGCUUCAUCCUGCUACUGCUGAUCUACGCGCCUGUAGUACCCCUGCCGUCGUCGUGGUGCGAGACCGGGGUUUCCAAAGCCGUCGAUGCGCGCUCCUCCACCGAAGGCCCAAUGGUCUACGUGGUGACACCGACGUACCGGCGCGCCAGCCAGGCCCCCGACAUGGUCAGGUUGUCACAGGCGCUCAUGUUGGCUGAAGUCCGCAUCUUCUGGGUAGUGGUCGAGGACGCCGAGAGACCAUCAUUGCUGGUACGGAACAUAAUGCGCCGCUCGGGGCUGGCUGGAGUUCAGCUAACCAGUCGGACACCCUCACAAUUUCGGCAAGCGAAGCACGGCAAGGGAGUCGCCCCUCGCCUGAGGGCGAUAGCGUGGCUGCGAGCCAAUGCCGUGUUGCCUUCGGUCCUGUACUUCGCCGAUGACGACAACUCGUACGACCACCGCCUAUUCGACCAGAUUGCCCUGGUGCAGCGGGUAGGCGUGUUACCCGUGGGACUGAUCGGCACGUACAGCGUCAGUUCUCCGGUGGUGUCGCCCGCCGGCCGAGUAGUGGGCUUCCACGACUCGUACAAGCGGGAACGUCGCUUCGCCAUGGACAUGGCCGGGUUCGCCGUCAACAUGCGGCUGGUUCUGUCCAGCGCGAACAUCAGCAUGCCCUACAAGUUGGGACAGCUGGAGACUGGGUUUCUCGAGAGCCUCGGCGUCAGCGUCGACGACAUGGAGCCGCUGGCGGGCAAUUGCACCGAGGUUCUAGUGUGGCACACGAAGGUGGUUCCAAGAAGAUUUCCCUCAAGAAAUAUAUUACGUCGACUUAACAUUACGUUGCCGAACAAUUUACCGCUAUUAUACAAGAACAUCUUAGACGAUUAAAUUUAUAACAUACGCAAAAAAAAACUUUCUCUCCCAUGGGGUUUUUGUGAUUUGUGUUGACUGUGUCGAAUUUGCAAGUGAAAACCUCGGAAAGUGACCUAAGCGCCCGGCUUCUGCAUCUAGGCCGACCUACAUCAUCUUCUGUGGCUUCCAGAGGACCCUUAAAAACGUUUUCACUCAACGACCUGUUCAUGUCACACCAGCUUGUCACACCAGCUUUAGGUCCGGUCAUCUGUCUAUGUCACGAAAAUUAUCGCACAAUUCAACAGGUAAUGCAGCCUUUAAAAAAAACGUGCGCUUAACAUCGUUCACAGCGCACUCAAUAAGAACAAAAAAGACAAAAUUUCUUUUGUGCUGGGCAGAACAGGAAGGGGCGCAUGUUCUUAAACCACAUCAGCGCGUCGCUUCACUGCGCCGAGGAAAAAGAAUGCUCGCGGGAAGCAAGGAAUUGGUUCUCACUUUUACAGGCUAUGGCGCGCCACUGCUUUCGGAGGCCACAGCUGGACUUCGUGGGCGCCCCGCUGUAUGGCAGGGUGUUUUUGUUCGGAUUGAUGGUCUUUUACUGUGUUAUACAGCCCAUUGUAUACCUUGCGCCCUGGACAGACUGCUGCAGCCUCAUUGCAAUUGGGGCAAAUUGCACGUGCGCUAGUGGACUUCAAUAAAGCGCACCUAAACUGCCAUGGUAGUGAAUUUAACCCGGAGCCUCGCACUAGGCCAUGCCCCCUUAUCAUACCGUGAUUUUCGAGGUAUAGGUUUAGAGCUUAUUUUAAUUUUUUUGCCCAGUCCGACAUGUGUGGAAUAUUGUGGAGAGCCGCCUGUUAGCGUGGCACCCGUCCAGCGCCAGAGCAGACGUAUUAUGCUGUGUAUUUAACAAUGAAUGGCAGCGCGUUCCGGCGUCCUGUUGCGAGUGGAUAGCAGGGCAUUCCGAGGCCUGAUCGCCGCCUAUGGAAAAUUUACAGCGUAGUGAAAUCACGCAUAAAGCGGUGAAAAUUACAAUCUCCGUAAAGAACAGCAGCGCGUUGGCUCGUCCUAAGUGCCCUCAAGACCGGAAUCUGUAGGUGGUCACCAUGACCAGUAACGUGGCGUAGCUUUUUCGCAAGGGGGCAACUGUAAUUGAAAUUUCAUGGCACCGUGCAUCGCACAGCUUCACCUGAUUUUAUACUCUCGCGCAUGUUCGAGCGUUGCCGCAGCAGUCUGUAAUGACACCCGCAGUGGGAAACUCUCAGGCUUCAGUGGCAGAGGUAAUAGGCGCCACCUAUGAGGAGGGCGAAGCCGAAAAUCCGUCUCCCUAGCAUGGCCUCGUAGAUCAUCGCGCGCACGCGUGCCGAUCCAGGAGGCCGAGCCCUUCCCUCCAACUCCUUUUCCCCCGCCCUCCCUCGUGGCUCCCUCGCAACUCCCUCACCAUCGACUGUGUGCGCGCGCGCGCCCUGCGGCCCCGCCUGCCCGGGGCCAGCUUAGCCCGCUGCAUGACGUUUCAUGUUUCGUUGUCUGCUGUUAUCGGGAAGCGUGCGCUGCUCUGCGUUGACCGGCGUGAGUAGUUUUGUCUGUUUCGUGGUCCUCGGUAGUUGUGUGCUUGUGCUCCGCAAUGUUUCACCUGUUUCACGACUCAUACCGCUCGUGCAUCGUGCAGUGGUGCACCAAUACCUCAAUAACGAGCCCUGCAAGGUUGUUCCGGGUGCCUAAAGACGACAGGUGAGCGCAUAGACCCAAGGAUAUCAGCAUGCGCAUGUACACGAACAAGCACUGUCCAUGUGUGUGCUCGAUGAGCCUCCGGACGUUGUUGUGCCAUGAUUGUGCUACACUUCCCUCUUGCCGGUGGGGAAAGCUGACAAAUAUAUGUUUCUCCUCAUUGCCAUCUGGUGUAUGAGUUGUGUUUUUCUGUGCCAAGACUCAUUCUGCAAGUUCAGUAAGUUGCCCAGAUUUUCAUUCCGCCAUCAAUGCUUUUUUUGUGUCACGUUCUACAAACGUACUAAUAGCUGUAAAAUUACUGUUCCUGUUUGUGUAUAAUCUCAGUAAUCGCCGAAGGGAAAGCCGCGCGAACGAAAUUCAUGUGCAGGCAUGAUACCCUUUUUGCCCUUCUGGAAAGCAUGAGAAUUGCAAGUGGCCUACAUGCAGAUUUUUGCAGUUCGUGUUUAUUAUACGAAGGAGUUCUCUAGUAGGUACGACUUAAUGCCUUAAGUGACGUAAUUUUACUGCUAAGCAUUGCAUUCGGGGUGCAAAAAGUCGUGUUGUUGACUUAUUCUACCUGGUCUUUGAUUGAGAAAUCGGCCUUUCUGCGAAUGUUUUCUAUGUGCUGCUGCAAAAGCCGACUACCUUCUGUUCUCCUUGCCACCAUUACUCAAGUUGUGGCCAAGUGCAAAAUAAUGUGAUAACGUGUAUUUCAGAUUUUGGUACAAUGUUAUUUUGUACUGCCAUGUCUUUUUCAUUUUGUUCAGUAGUAAUGAACAUGUCGCGCAUCUGAUAUACUUUCGUGCAUGUUUAAAAGUAAGUUCCAUUUUUGGUAUGGCUGUCAAUCAAACAAUGUUAACAUUUUAUUCUAGUUUUAUGUAAGAUGCGUGUCAUUCUUUUUGUCAUUACCAGUUAGUUUUACCUUUCUAUAGUUGUCAUGACUAUGUCAUACACGUCGUCGAGUUUUGUGCAAUAUCUCAGUGCAUAUAUCAAAAGCUCGUCUACAUUUCGGUAUUGAGGGCAUCAUAUAAAAAUCGUUUUUUUUUAUAUGCGUGUCUACAUGAAACGGCCUUCGCCUUUUGUAGCGCUUUUGUUAUUUCACCGUCUGUGAACUUUUGCGUUUAGUACUCUUGCAUAUGUCAUGCACCUUUCACUUUUGCUCAUUGUUUGAGC